ACGGACCCUAGCCACGCUGACCUCCUGCCUCUCAUAGCCUCACUGGCGACCCCUCCAGGCCGGGCCGGGCGCAGCACUCCAGGCAAGCGCGGCAAGCUCCUGCGCUCUCCAAAGGAUCCCGUGCCCCCCGGGGCAGCAGGGAAGGGUAAUGCCCUCUGUAAUGGAGAAGCCCAGUGCGGGCUCCGGGAUCUUGUCCCGAAGUCGGGCCAAGACGGCACCCAACGGCGGACAGCCGCACUCGGAGGAUGACAGCAGCGAGGAGGAGCACUCUCAUGACAGCAUGAUCCGAGUUGGAACCAAUUACCAAGCAGUAAUUCCGGAGUGCAAGCCUGAGAGCCCUGCGCGCUACAGCAACAAGGAGCUGAAGGGGAUGCUGGUGUGGUCACCCAACCACUGUGUAUCCGAUGCCAAGCUUGACAAGUACAUUGCGAUGGCCAAGGAGAAGCAUGGCUACAACAUUGAACAGGCACUUGGCAUGCUUCUGUGGCACAAACAUGACGUGGAGAAGUCACUGGCUGAUCUAGCCAACUUCACUCCCUUCCCUGAUGAGUGGACGGUAGAGGACAAAGUGCUGUUCGAGCAGGCCUUUGGGUUCCAUGGCAAGUGCUUCCAGCGGAUCCAGCAGAUGCUCCCUGACAAGCUGAUCCCCAGCCUGGUGAAGUAUUACUACUCUUGGAAGAAGACCCGAAGUCGAACUAGUGUGAUGGACAGGCAGGCCAGGCGGCUGGGUGGCCGCAAGGACAAAGAAGACAGUGAUGAGCUAGAAGAGGGACGAGGAGCUGUGAGCGAGGGAGAACCGGAUACCGGGGACCCCAAGCGAGAGCCUCUGCCAUCCAGACCUCUGAACGCACGGCCUGGUCCUGGGAAGAAAGAGAUCCAGGUAUCUCAGUACCGCCACCACCCACUUCGAACUCGGAGACGUCCGCCCAAGGGCAUGUACCUGAGUCCUGAAGGCCUCACUGCAGUAUCGGGAAGCCCAGACCUUGCUAACCUCACACUCCGAGGUCUCGACUCACAGCUCAUCUCUCUUAAGCGCCAGGUUCAGAGCAUGAAGCAGACCAACAGCAGCCUCCGCCAAGCACUGGAGGGUGGCAUCGACCCUCUCCGCCCCCCUGAGGCCAAUACCAAGUUCAACUCCCGCUGGACCACAGAUGAGCAGCUUCUGGCUGUACAAGCGAUUCGUAGAUAUGGCAAAGACUUUGGGGCUAUUGCAGAGGUGAUUGGGAACAAGACUCUGACCCAAGUGAAGACCUUCUUUGUGAGCUACCGUCGCCGCUUCAACCUGGAAGAGGUGUUGCAGGAAUGGGAGGCUGAGCAGGAUGGGGCCCCCACAGCUCCAGUCCCUGUGGAAGAGGCCAGGCGAGGGGCUCCUGUACCAGCCACAGCCCUGGAAGAAGAUGACGAGGUCCAGAUUACAUCUGUCUCAACAUCAGUACCCCGAUCAGUACCCCCUGCUCCGCCCCCACCUCCACCACCCACCUCGCUUUCCCAGCCUCCUCCACUGCUGAGGCCACCUCUGCCCACAGCUCCCACACUGCUCCGCCAGCCACCUCCCCUGCAGCAGGGCCGCUUCCUGCAGCCCCGGCUGGCCCCCAACCAGCCUCCACCACCUCUCAUCCGCCCUGCCCUGGCUGCCUCUCGCCACAGUGCCCGCCCUGGUCCUCAGCCCCCACCUACCCUGGUUGGAGCCCAAUUGGAGCCCCCUGCACCCUCACUUUGAGCCCUGAAUCCUCCACUGCCCAGGGGCUCCUGAACCCCUUGGCUGGGUAUCUCUGGCAGCACUAAGGACAGAAGGGACUAGGGCUCUUGCCAGGUCUUUCAAAUACCCAGAGCUGCCAGCUGGCACAGCUUGGACCUGUGGGUUCUGCAUGUGUUCCUGGCAGUUGAGCUUGUAAACCCCCAGCCAGGGGCUAGAUCUCAGGGCCUGCAGGGACUCUGGCUUCCUGGCUGUGACUGGAAUGGCUGCCUCCUUGCCUGCCUGCCUGCCUGCCUUUGGAGGGCUUGGCCUCUGGGCCUACCCUUUGUGUGUGGUAGUGACUGAGCCUGGGGGCUGAGGGAGAGCUGGUGUGUUAGCUGGCCUCACCCACCUUUCCUUCCUUUUAGCAAUAAGUCAGGUGCAGUGGAAGGGGACUGGGGUGGGCAUGGCAGAAGCCUUGUGGGAAGAAUGUUGGGAAGCUGUGAGGAGGCCCACUCUGUCCACCCCCAAAAGCUUGGAGAAAGAAGGGUUGGGGACUUACACAGACAUGGGUUUAUUUUUCAACAUUUUUUAAAAAGAAAUAAAUGCAACCUUAAAUGUAAAAAAAAAAAAAAAAAGUGCUCUCUCUCUCUCUUUCUCUCUCUCUCGCUCUCUCUGGUGUGUGUGUGCACAUGUGUGACCUUGUACUUUGAUGACUAAUUUAAGUAAUUCAUACAGCAUUCUUUUUUAUUCAUACUUAACAGAGUAGUCCCAGCUACCCAGGAGGCUAAGAUAGAACUUUACAGAAGCUCCGAGAGUUCAAGAACAGUCAGGGAUCAUAGUGAGACAUUUUCGUACAAAUUUUAUUUAUAAUGUAUGCCUUAAUCAGAUAUCUGUCUCCAGACGAGAGAAUCAUGAAUGGGGUGGCCGCAGGUUCAGAGUUGGAUUUCUUCAUACAACAAGCAGUAUUGGUGUCAGUGCUACGAUUGCAUGGAAUAUUUGAACUCGAUAAAACUUUGAAAAAGCAAAAUGUUAAGUCUUGCGUAAUUGCCCUAAAUAUAACAGGAGGAGGGAUUGUAUACAUUAUAUGUGCUUCCGGGAAAUACGGCAUGCUUUUAAAUUAUACAAACUCUUUUUAGAUAUUCCAAAUUUUACUUUUAAAAGUGGUCUUCAUGGGGUUGGGGAUUUAGCUCAGUGGUAGAGCGCUUGCCUAGCAAGCGCAAGGCCCUGGGCUCGGUCCCCA